GUUCGACAAUAGCAUGACUUUAUGAAUACCAGACAAACUCUUGCUCGAUGGCAUCCAUCAAAAAGAUCCUGCUGCUUUUUUGUUUUUUAUAUAAUUGCAGUUUUGUUCUAAUCCAGCUUACUGUAUCGUAGCUGCAUAAAUAGAUUACGGGAGCAAAAGGGUUGUUCAAGAUUUGAAGUAAUGGAAAUGAAUUAUGGUUUUUAUCUUUGGUUCAUUGUCAUUCUACUACCUGCCUUGGCUCUCCAUUAUUAUCGGCGGAAGUCCGGGGCCGCCAGAUUGCCACCGGGUCCACGGGGGUGGCCUUUGUUCGGCAAUAUGUUCGACCUUGGAAAAAUGCCGCACAGGACUUUAGCUGGGCUGGCUAAACAAUAUGGUCCGGUUGUUUGGCUAAGGUUUGGCACUGUGAACUCUAUGGUGAUUCUUAAUGCCGCGGCGGCAACUGAGUUGUUCAAGAACCAUGAUCACACUUUCGCAGAAAGAACGAUCACUCAUACGAUGAAAUCACAUGAUUAUCACAAGGGCUCUCUGGCUCUUGCCCCGUAUGGGUCGUACUGGCGUGUGUUGAGGCGGGUUUGCACUGUGGAGAUGUUGGUGAGCAAGAGGCUGAAUGAGACGGAGCCGAUCAGGCAGAGGUGUAUUGGCAAUUUGAUGAAUUGGAUAGGGAAUGAAGCUUGGAGAGAGAUUGAAGUGGCGAAGUUUGUGUUCCUGGGAUCGUUUAACAUGCUUGGUAAUCUCAUGCUGUCGCGGGACUUGGUGGAUCCCCAGUCCAAGGCCGGCUCUGAGUUUUUUGAUGCGAUGAUGGGGCUAAUGGAGUGGAGUGGACAUGCAAAUAUUUCGGAUGUUUUUCCUUGUCUUAGACGGUUUGAUCUUCAAGGUUUGAGAAGAAACAUGGACCGUGACAUUGGAAAAGCAUUAGCCAUAGCUGCAGAGUUCUUCAAAGAGAGAGCCCAAGAGAAGGAACAACAAACUGGAGGAAACAGAACAACUGAUUUUUUGGAUGUUCUAAUUGAGUUUCGGGGCAAAGGAAAAGACGAACCACCCAGGCUACAGGAAAGGGACAUAAACAUAUUUAUACUGGAAAUAUUUCUAGCUGGUUCAGAGACGACGAGCAGCACGACAGAAUGGGCACUCACUGAGCUUCUAAGGAACCCUGAAAAAAUGACCAAGGUUAAAGCCGAGCUAGCAAAUGUCAUUGGAAAGGAAAGGAGAUUCGAGGAAAGUGACAUUGAUAACUUGCAAUAUUUGCAGGCAGUGGUUAAGGAAACACUGCGUCUGCAUCCUCCAAUUCCGCUUCUCGUUCCAAGGAAGGCCAUGAAAGAUACCGUCUUCAUGGGGUACCACAUUCCCAAGAACACACAAGUCUUCGUAAAUGCUUGGGCAAUAGGGAGGGAUCCGCAAUGCUGGAAUGACCCUUUGUCUUUCGAGCCCGAGAGAUUCUUGGGCUCAAAAAUUGAUUACAAAGGUCAGCAUCACGAGUUGAUCCCCUUUGGGGCAGGAAGAAGAAUGUGUGCAGGCGUUCCCUUGGCUCACAAAAUGCUGCAUCUGAUCCUGGGUUCAUUGCUUCAUGAGUUCGACUGGCAUUAUGAGUCUCCAGAGACAAUGGACAUGGAUGAUCGAAUUGGGAUCACUGUGAGAAAAUUUGUACCACUUAGAGCCGUCCCAAAGAAAGCACGGUUGUAAUAUACACGCACGUAUGUCUUAUUUGUGCUUUCCCAGUAUUUCCUAAUGGUUCCUGAUGUUCAGGGAUCUACCUCGAAAGGUCUGUUGUGACUUGUGUAUGAUUACUACCAAGAUGCAUGUUUAAUUAACAAUGUUAGUUUUUGUUUAUUACAACUUGCACCCUUUUGGGAAACUUUUUGUCUAU